GUUGUGGUUCCGGUUCCGCUGCCCACACGUGAAGUGAAGGUCGGUGAAUUGGUGCGGUGUACGUCUAGGCAAGCGUGCUCGCGCUGGCAUGGAUUCCUCCUCUUCGUCUUCCGCGGCGGGUCUGGGCGUAGUGGACCCACAGUUGCAGCAUUUCAUCGAGGUGGAGACUCAGAAGCAGCGUUUCCAGCAGCUGGUGCACCAGAUGACUGAACUUUGUUGGGAGAAGUGUAUGGACAAGCCAGGGCCAAAGUUGGACAGUCGGGCUGAGGCCUGUUUUGUGAACUGCGUUGAGCGCUUCAUCGAUACAAGCCAGUUCAUCUUGAAUCGACUGGAACAGACCCAGAAGUCCAAGCCAGUCUUCUCAGAAAACCUUUCUGACUGAUCUUAGCAUUACCUCUUUAGAAAAGGAAGGUAGUUCAAGAAAAGAACUGCUGAUGGGAUGAAGAAAUGGCUGUUGGGGUGACUGACUCCCACUUUCUGUCACUUUUGAGACAUUUUGUCAUUUGAGAAUAAACAAAGACUAGUUUUUGUGUGUGGGGUUUUAGGGUCA